CCCACCGUGUGGCCAUGCUGGAGCGUAUGUCCCGGCGCGCUCGCUCCCUGCUCUCCCUGACCCUGACCACACUGGCUUUGGCCUUCUCCAUACUGGCUCUUUGCACAUCCUACUGGUGUGAGGGUACUCACAAGGUGGUCAAGCCCCUCUGCCUCUCACCUGUCAAGAUGAAGAACUGUGGCCAGAACAACAGUGAGCCGUACACCACAGAGAGUCCCACACAGAACCCAUUCAACCGCACGCUGUCUCCCGCCAGGAGGGAAGAGCUGGCUAAGAUCAGACAGAGACAGCUGGCCAACGCAGUCCACUACAUCUGGGAGACUGGAGAAGACAAGUACGCUUUCAGAUACUUCCACACAGGCUUCUGGGAAAGCUGUGAGAAGGACACCGAUGGGGAGAAGUGCCGCAGUUUCAUAGAUUUAACUCCUGGGGAGACACAGGCGGUGCUGUGGCUGUCGGUUGUUUCAGAGUUUACCUACAUCGGCCUGCUGGGGAUGGGCUUCUUAUUGAUGUGGCUGGAAGUCUUGUGCUGCCAUAAGGGGAUGUACUCACUAAAAAUCAACGCCUACGCAGCCAUGUGUACCGUACUGUCGGGUCUCCUUGGGAUGGUGGCACACAUGAUGUACACCACUGUAUUUCAGAUGGCAGUAAUUGUAGGCCCCAAAGACUGGAGACCUCAGUCCUGGGACUACGGAUGGUCAUUUGCGCUUGCCUGGGUAUCCUUCAGUUGCUGUAUGGGUGCUGCCGUGGUAACACUUAACUCUUAUACAAAAACCAUCAUUGAACUUCGCCGCAGGCAGAGGCUUCACAUGGAAGAAGCUCAAGCCACCACUCAAGCCCCUUCUUACAAUGAGUCUGUUCCAGGGGUCGGAUUCUACUCCAUCAGCGGCCUACUGCAAUGCCCAGAUGGGAUGAUUGAUGUGGCAUGGGCACCAAACGGCAACGUAGUCGGAGUGGGAAACGGGGAUGUGCCAACACUGGUUUUAUUAGGUGGCUGUGGACCAGAGGGUUGUGAAGACUGUGAGAGAGAGAUGGACGAGAUGGAGGGGGCCGUGGACCAUGUGGAUUCACCUUGCUAACAGCCAAAAUUGAGAAAGGAAAGACGCUGUCUCAAUCCUGGUAAAUACUCAGGAGCAGCAGAGAGACAUGCUGGACUUUUUUGUUUUCCAGUUUGACUCUGAGACUAUUCAUGCUACUUAUCAAAAUGGAAACCUGCAGAACAU